CUCACCAAACCAUUUGCCUCUCUUCUCUCUCUCACUGCCCCCGUGUGUGUUUCUUGGGACUACGACCUGCUAGCUGCUGCGCUGGUCUCCACGGUUCCCUGCACAGAGCAACGAUAGAACCGGGGCAGGAGGCGUGAAAUGUAAGCAAGGAACACACUCAGCUGAAGCUGCAGAGAAGUUGUCGCGGAGAAUCGUUUUCACCAUGAAGUUCAUGAAGCUUGGCUCCAAGCCGGACGCCUUCCAGACCGACGGCACCGACUCCAGAUAUGUGCUGUCCGACCUUCCGUCAGAUAUUGUUGUCCGUGUCGACGAAGCAAAGUUCUAUCUGCACAAGUUCCCUCUUCUUUCCAAGAGUAGCUUGUUACAAAGGCUGAUAAUCGAGGCCAGUCAGAACGGCACUGAUGAUGUUGUCAUACAAGACAUUCCUGGUGGAGUGAAAACCUUUGAAAUCUGCGCAAAGUUCUGCUAUGGCAUGGUUGUGACCCUAAAUGCAUAUAACGUUGUCGCAGCAAGGUGUGCAGCGGAGUACCUUGGGAUGACCGAGGAUGUUGAUAAGGGCAAUCUGAUAUUUAAGAUCGAAGCGUUCCUGAAUGCCGGCAUCUUCAGAAGCUGGAAAGACUCGAUCAUAGCGCUACAGACCACUGAUGCAUUGCUACCAUGGUCUGAGGAGCUAAAGUUGGUUGGAAGAUGCAUAGAUUCUAUUGCUACCAAAGCUACCGUUAACCCGUCAAAUGUGAUGUGGUCAUACACCUACAACCGGAAAUCUGCGUCUUCUGAUGAGAUAGUUGAAGCUCGCAAAAGCUCACAGGCGGUUCCGAAGGACUGGUGGGUUGAAGAUCUGUGUGAACUGGAUGUGGACCUCUAUAGGCAUGUCAUGGUUGCAGUUAAGUCCAGAGGAAGGAUCCCUUCUGAUGCAGUUGUAGAAGCUCUCAAGGCUUAUGCUGCUAGAUGGCUUCCUGAUUGCUGCGACACACUGGUUGACGAUGUCUACUCCUCCACGUACAAGCAUCUGCUUGAAACAAUCGUUUGGCUACUGCCCUCGGACAAGGGAUCGUUGGGAUGCUCGUGCCGGUUCUUCCUGAAGCUUCUGAAAGUCACUGUCCUGAUUGGAGCCGGAGAGCUCCUGAAGGAAGAACUCAUGGACAGGAUUGUCUUGCAGUUACACAAAGCUUCAGUCAAUGAUCUUCUGAUCCCGUCCAAGCCGCCAGCUCAGACCACUUACGAUGUUCAACUUGUUCAGACACUUAUCAGUAGAUAUAUGAGGCGCGCCGGAGUAGCUGAAGAUGGGAUCUUUCUCAACAACCUUGACCAGGAGAUGUUUGAGACAAACUUAGAUCAUGAAUCUUUGCUGUCAUUAUGCAAGCUCGUCGACAGGUACUUAGCUGCGGUUGCCUCCGAUCCGAAUCUGACAGUCUCUAGCUUUGUGGGCUUGGCGACUUCCAUGCCUGAAUCAGCUAGACCUUCGCAUGAUGGAUUGUACACCGCUAUCGACAUCUUUCUGAAGUUGCAUCCCAGCCUACCCAAGAUGGAGAAGAGGAAGAUCUCCAGCCUGAUGGACGUCAAGAAGCUGUCCAAGGAGGCGUGCAUCCACGCGGCGCAGAACGACCGCCUCCCGCUCCGCGUCGUGGUCCAGGUCCUCUUCUUCGAGCAGCUGCGCGCCGCGGGAGCCGCCUCGGCCACGGGCGGCGCAGCCAACGGCGGCAGCGUGGCUCGGUGCAUGUUGCGCCUGGAGAACGACGACUGGAAGGAGGGCCGCGCGCUGCCGGAGCCCCCGACCCCCGGCGCCCUGAAGAAGCAACUGGGGAGCCUGAAGCUGGCCGACCAGUGUGACGACGAUGGCGGGCGGCGGCUGGUGGCGAGGAGCAGCGCCGCCAACCAGAGCAGCAGGCUGUCUCUGUCGUCGCGGUCGCGGAGGAUCUUUGACAAGCUGUGGGUCGGCAGCGGGAACCUGCCCGGGGAGGCCGUCGUCGGCAAGGGGUCGGAUACAUCCGGGAGCUCGCAGAGCCCGCGGUCGUCGGCGAAGCCGCUGGAGUCCAAGUCGUCCAGCUCGUCGUCGAGGAACCGGCGGUACUCGGUCUCGUAGGCUGGAGGCUGCUGUACAGAGGAAGGAGGAGCCUGGUCCGUCGUGAACGAUGAACUGCUGCUAACCUUCACAGUUGGUGUCUGUGCUGACGUGCUGUAGUCGUCUCUUUUCCGAAGAACAUGUUCAGACGUGCUUGGGGGCGUGCAGCUAUGCAGCUAGAAAACUUUUCUCUAUCUCCAAAUUCCAAUUGCUCUGAUCUGGGGUAAUGACCUUUUUUCUGUGACAGACUUAACAGUUAUUCUUAAGCUUAACUCGGUGAUCUGGGCAAUUCUUUAA